CGUAGGUAGUAAUUCAUUUAUUUUCGCUGGAGACACGUCAGACAUGGGGCUGAGAGUAGUGGUACUGUUCGUCAUCCUGUCUGUUGGCUUCCUCGUGAGCUCAACACCGCUCGCCAAAAGGGAGACAUCCCACGAGGUUUCAAGGCGUGAAGCACAUGCAAGCCACGAGGAUCUGAAGGACAGCAGUGAAGAAGUUCAUGAAGAUGACUCGCACGAUGAUGACGACAGGAAGAGGCGCGAAGCACAUGAAAGCCACGAGGAUCUGAAGGACAGCCAUGAAGACGACUCACAUGAUGAUGACGACGACAGGAAGAGACGUUCAGAUCACGAAAGCCACGAAGUUAAGAAGGAAAGCCACGAGGCGCAUCCCGAAGAGGAGGACAAAAAAAGUCAUAAAGAGAUGAAAACUCAGGAAGAAAAACACGCGGAUGAACACCACAAAGAGAGGAGAGAAGCAGUCGACAGCGACAGUGACAGUGACAGUGACGAUGAUGUCGAAUCCCAUGAAAGGCGCUAAACUUGAAACAUGAAGACUCUGCCUGGUCAUCAAGAACUGCCGAUACUGCCGUCUUUGCUUCAACUCUUCUGCAUUAAUCAGUUCUUCUACAAAUUACUUUCUCCUUGCUUUGUAUGUUGUAGGUAUUGCAUGGUAAAUUCAAUGCAUAUGUAUACAUGCCUUGUAGAUAUAAUGAUUCGAUGUAAUUAAAAGUAUGAAUAAAAAGUUUUAAAAAAUGAUAUAACCUGAAAAUAAAAUCAAGAAAUUUAAACUUGAA